GGCGCGGCGGGGCGGCACGGCACGGCACACCCUCCCCUCCCCUCGACUGGCCGGGCUGCCCGGCUUGGGGCCUAGGGUGGAAGGCACAGCCUCGGGCUCGGUUGCCGGGAGAAAUGAGGCUCCAGGGACUCUGCGGAGCCGGGUGCUGUUGCAGUCGAGUGUUCGGCCAGAGGUGUUGACCAGGCCGCGAUCCAGCCGGGAGCUGCUCAUUUGGUUGUGCUGAAGCUGCUUUGUCACCUCUGAAGAAGUGCAAUGAGGAGAUUUCGAAGACAUGGGAAUGAGUUGCAUAGAGAACGUGUCAAGCAGGACCUGUUCCAGUUUAAUAAGACUGUGGAGCAUGGGUUUCCACACCAGCCCAGUGCAUUGGCUUAUAGUUCUGUUCUCCAGCUCAUGGCCAUUGGAAGUCGGUCAGGAGCCUUCAAGAUCUAUGGAGCACCAGAGGUGGAGAUCAUGGGCUUACAUGAAGAGAAUGCAGCGGUCACCCAGAUUCACUUCCUACCAGAGCAGGAUCAGUUGGUGACACUCCUUGAUGACAAUAGCUUGCACUUGUGGAAGCUGAAGAAGAGCUUGGAUGGACUGAGUGUCCUGAAAGAGGAGACUCACUUCGAUCUACGAGGACAGCCUGGUGCUCCACCAAGUGUCACCACAAUAACUGUGGUCCUGCCUCAUUCAUCUGGUGAUAUGUUAUUUCUGGGAACAGAAGGUGGCUGUGUGUUUGUGGUGGAACAACCGUCGUUCAGAGAGCAGGAAGAGAGAACAAUCACCCAGGAAGCUGUUCUACAGAAUGUACCAGAUGAUUAUCGAAGUCGACGCUCACUGGGAUCUGUUGAAGCCCUGCAGGAGAACCCAAGAAACCCCCAUCAGAUUCUGGUUGGAUAUAGUAGAGGCCUUGUCAUAUUGUGGGACUUGCAGGCCAACCAAGCCACACACCACUUUCUUGGUGACCAGCAGUUGGAGAGUGUAGCAUGGCAGAGAGACGGGCGGCAGAUCAUCAGCUCACACAGUGAUGGCAGUUUUUAUCAGUGGCCUGUUUCAAAUGACCGAUUGCCACAACCUCUGGAAAAAACAGUGCCUUAUGGCCCCUACCCCUGCAAAGCAAUUCCAAAGAUUAUCUGGUUAACCAGCAAGCAAAGAGCUCCAUUCGUCAUCUUCAAAGGAGGGAUGCCUCGUGCCAGCUAUGGUGACCGGCACUGUGUUUCUGUUUUACAUGGAUCCAAGCAGAUUGCAUUUGACUUCACCUCUCGGGUUAUUGAUUUCUUUGUUGUUGAUGAAGGUGGAUCAGAAUCUGAUUGCAAUGACCCAAGUGCUCUGCUGGUUCUCGCAGAGGAGGAGCUGGUAGCCAUCGACUUAAAGACACCUUCGUGGCCAGUGAUACAGUCUCCAUACCUGAUCCCUCUCCACUGCUCAGCAAUAACCUGUUCCCACCAUGUCUCCAACAUUCCCAUUAAACUCUGGGAGAGGAUUAUUGCUGCAGGCAACAAACAGACCACCCACUACUCCAGCAAGCCGUGGCCUAUCGAUGGUGGGUACAGCACUGCUCCUGAACCUCUGCAAAGAGACCUCCUCCUCACAGGGCAUGAAGAUGGAACAAUCCGUUUCUGGGAUGCAUCAGGCGUGUGUCUAAAGCCUUUGUAUAAACUCAGCACAGUCAAUGUAUUUGUCACAGAUGCCGAUCACAACGACAACCUCAAUCAGUCUUCAGAGGAUGAGUGGCCGCCCCUAAGGAAGGUAGGCUGCUUUGAUCCAUACAGUGAUGAUCCCAGGCUGGGCAUCCAGAAGAUUCACUUGUGCAAGUACAGCAGCCACUUGGCAGUAGCUGGCACAGCUGGACAGGUUUUGGUCAUGGAGCUGAAUGAUGAGGCUGUGGAUCAGACAGUGGCCUACACUCUCGUGGACAUUCUGCAGGAUCAGGACACGUUCAAGUGGAAAGGCCAUGAGCGGUUGAAUCCACAUGAGGACUUGGUUCACUUUCCUGCUGGCUUCCAGCCGUUUGCCCUAGUGCAGUGUCAGCCUCCAGCGGUUGUCACAUCACUUGCCUUGCAUUCAGAAUGGAAGCUGGUAACGUUUGGCACGAGUCAUGGCUUUGGCCUCUAUGACUAUCAACAAAAAUGUACUGUCAUGGUCAGAUGCACACUGCACCCCAGUGACCAGUUGGCACUCGAAGGUCCCCUGUCACGAGUGAAGUCGAUUAAGAAAUCACUGCGGCAAUCCUUCCGUCGGAUCCGGGGCACCAGAAUGUCUGGAAGGAAGCGGCCGGUACCUGGCAACGGUGCAGCUAAGGUGCAGGAGGCUAAUGCCAGGAUGGAUCGGGAAGCACUGAAUGAAAUGGAGCUGGCGCCCGUACAGCGCAGGAUUGAGGCUCGUUCAGCCGAUGACUCCUUCACAGGAUUUGUCCGAUCACUGUACUUUGCCGAUUCCUUUGUAAGAGAUGGUUCCUAUCAUGAGCCGUCACUGUGGGCUGGUACCAACGGUGGAACUGUAUUUGCAUAUGCUAUUCACGUUCCUCCAGUCGAGAGGAGAAUGGAAGAGCCAGUCACUGCAACACAGGCAAAGGAAAUUCAGCUAAUGCACAGAGCCCCUGUGGUUGGUAUUUUUAUUCUGGAUGCUCGGGGGAUUUUUCUACCUGAACCUCUAGAAGCAGCGCAUGACCUUUCCAGAAGUCCUGACAUGCAUGGGAGCCACAUGCUGUUGGUCAUAUCUGAAGAACAGUUCAAGAUUUUCACACUACCAAAAGUCAGCACAAAAACCAAGUUGAAGCUGACGGCAGUGGAAGGGUCCCGGGUGCGGAAAGUGUCAGUGGCCAAUUUCAGCAGCAGUCGAGCAGAUGAUUACAAUGAGAACGGCCUCCUGGUGCUCACUAACCUUGGUGAUGUCCAGGUCAUCUCUCUCCCAGCCCUGAGGAAUCAAGUUCGUUAUGAGUGCAUCAGGAAAGAGGAUGUGAGCGGAAUUGCAUCCUGCGUCUUCACAAAGUCUGGCCAAGGUUUUUAUCUCAUCUCUCCUUCUGAAUUUGAGAGGUUCUCAGUUUCCUCUAAGUUUGUGGUGGAACCAAGGUGCAUCAUUGACAUUGAUGAGGGAACCAGGACUUCUCAACAGAGAAUUCCACAAGAUGGACCGGUCACUACGCCCAACUCCACGGAACCAGUGCAGUCACAGCAGAACUGUGAAUUAGGCGAGCUGGCUAGUACUGGGAGCAAGGGCGAUGGAAAGAAGACAGUGGAGAUCAUGGAGCAUGCAUUACUCAAUGAUGAGAGAGUUCUGCUGGAGAUUCAGAGCACACUGGAGUCGGAAUCCACUUCAGCUGAUAGACUGAGCUUUGGACAUCUAAACAGGAACUCUAACAAUGUGGUUGGGGUACAAUCCCAGGGCCAAAGAAUGAUCAAUGCAGAUUAAUGCUGAUAAAUACUGAUGGGAGCGUUUGGAGUGCUUUGUGCCAUAACACUACACGUUAUAUACCAUUGGACAAGGGACGGCUGUUGGGGGAGAAGGCAGCUCCUGGAAUCAGACUGCGACGUGGGGAGAUGCCAGCUCGUUUAGUGCCUAAUUCACUACGCUUCAGCCCUCUGGAAUACUUUUCCUCAUUUAUUUUCCCUGUCUCUUUGCACAGUCACUGGAAAAUGAUGGAUUUUAAAUAAUUUCCUGGGUACAAAUAGUUUUAAUGGGGGAGCUUUAUACCACUUAAUGACUUUUAUAUGGUUUUAGAUAUUUCUAAGGGAGUUAAACUUUGAAUGAAAAUGAAAAUUUAGAUUUUUUUUUAAAUUACAGAACAUUUAGUGAUAUUUAAUAUAUGUAUAAUUUAGUUUCUGGUGGCUGCUGUUAUUGUUUUACUAUGUAGUAAACAUUGAGGAAAUAUUUUCAUACUUAACAGAUGGUUUUAGUGAGUAAAGGUGCUCCCUUGGAGUCUAUUUUUGUAGCCAAUCAUGUCAUUGAGAAUGUAAUGAGAUGCCACUGCAAACACUACAGACCAAUAAAUUAAAUCACUUUCACAAUAAACCAAAGUCUGUCUCUCCAGUCUUGUACAGGGUCUGUAAGAAUGUGGGGUGAGGCUGAGAGCCACAGUGGUAAGGAAGGAGUGGAGUAUCCUCAGGUCCAGAGUCAUAACUCUAAUAACCAAGUGCCUUUGAUCAAUUAGCAUCUGAGAGGCAGAUGGUUAAAAUAACAACAUACUGUUGUGGCUGUGUAACUUCAUGCAGAAAGAUCUGCUGCCUACACCCUUCAUACAUUCCGAAGUUCAAAGUAUGUUAACCUUGAGAUUUAUCUCCUUGCAGACAGCCACAAAACAAGACACCCAAAAGAACCCAAUUUAAAAAUAUCCAACAAACACCCGAAGUACAGUGGGGGGAAAAAUCGUACAAACAAUAAAAGUAAGCAAACAGCAUUCAGAAUGAAAGUAAGUCCAUAGACACGAAGCCCAGAGCAGUUGAAGUAGGCUCACAACCUGGAGACAAUUUGCAGAAAGAAAUACAAAGCUACAGAGGGGAAAAGGUAAAAAUGGGUGGCGUGGGGUUGGAGAACAAUGGUGGGGAGAUCUCUGUGAAUCAGUGGACUGAUUCCCAGUGGAGUCAGGACUAGCAGUAGCUACGAUGAGAUAUCCAAGAGCUGCUGUGUGGCCUCUUGUCAGUCUGCUAAACUACAAUGGCACUGCACUGCCCUUGUCUGUGGGUUUGAUGGUGAGGUUGGGUUUGGUGUGGAAGGAGUGGAGAACAGCGAAUUAAAAGGGGGUUAUAUUGAAGUGGGUUAGGCAGGGCAGAGCCAUUGCUUUGAAAUUAAGACUCUCAUAAACAGAAACACUAACAAGUUGUGCAUAGCUGGAAUUUGGACCCAAUUUCACAGACAAGGGGGCUGGGUUGUUUAGUUUUUGGAAUCGUAUAAAAACAAAUAUUUUUUAUUAUCUGAAUUUUUUUAAAACAUUCACCCACAGCUCUAAUCUGCUAUUUAAAUUUACCGACGACACUACAUUUAUUGGCCUAAUCUCAAACAAUAACGAGGUGGCCUACAGGGAAGAAGUCAUCUCUCUGACCCAGUGGUGUCAAGAAAACAGCCUCUCCCUCAAUGUCGCAAAAACAAAGGAGCUGGUUGUGGAUUACAGGAGGAAUGGAGACAGGCUGACCCCUAUUGACAUCAAUGGAUCUGGGGUUGAGAGGGUGAACAGCUUCAAGUUCCUCGGCCUAAACAUCACCGAGGACCUCGUGGUCUGUACACACCAGCUGUGUGGUGAAAAAAGCACAACAGCGCCUCUUUCACCUCAGACGCUUGAGGAAGUUUGGUAUGGGACCCCAAAUCCUAAGAACUUUCUACAGGAGCACAAUUGAGAGCAUCCUGACUGGCUGCAUCACUGCCUGGUAUGGGAACUGUACCUCCCUUAAUCACAGGACUCGUCAGAGAGUGGUGUGGACGGCCCAGUGCAUCUGUAAUUGUGAACUUCCCAUGAUUCAGGACAUUUAAAAAGACAGGUUAAAAGAAGGAUCAUUUGGGACCUGAGUCACCCCAACCACGGUUUAUUCCAGCUGCUACCCUCUAGGAAACGGUACCGCAGCAUAAAAGGCAGGACCAACAGGCUCUAGGACAGCUUCUUCCACCAGGCCAUCAGACUGAUUAAUUCACGCUGAUUUGAGUGUAUUUCUAUGUUAUAUUGACUGUUCUAUUUAUUAUAAAUUAUUAUAAUUUCACAUUUAGAUGGAAAUGUAAUGUAGAGUUUUGCUCAUAUGUGAAGGAUGUAAGAAAUACAGUUUGUUCAAUGUGGGCUUUGAUUCAUGUUCAAGUUCCUUUGAAUACCAAUACUUCUCGGAUCUUCAAUUCCUUUAUCUUUAAGUAAUUUAACUGAUAAUUUUGUAGUUAAACACACUUUGAGGAUUUGGGUACAAUUUAGAAAAUAUUUUGGUUUACUGGGUUUUUCCCUUUCAAGUCCCAUUUUUUCUAACUAAUUUUUUAAACCUCUAUGAUUGAUGUAGUUUUUAAAGAUUGGAAUAGAUUGGGUAUUAAAUGUUUUCAGGAUUUGUUUGUUGGAGAUGUUCUCUCUUCAUUUGAACAACUGUCAGCUAAGUAGAGCCUACCCAAAACCCACUUUCUUCAAUAUUUACAAAUUAGAUGUUUUGCAUUCCCAAGUACAUACAUUUCCUAAAAGUCCAGGUAAGAAUUUACUUGAUACAAUUUUUAAUUUGAAACCCUUCCAUAAUGGAUCUAUAUCUAAUAUUUAUGGUAUGUUGUUGGGAAUGAGAAAUAUUCCUUCAGACAAAAUUUAAAAGCUCUGGGAACAAGAUUUACAGAUUCCAAUUUCUGAGGAUACUUGUAAUGAAAUUUUUAGAUUGGUUAAUACCUAUUCAUUAUGUGCCUGUCAUUCCCUUCUACAAUUUAAAGUGGUUCAUAGGGCCCACAUGACUAAGGAUAAACUCUCUCGUUUUUAUUCUGAUAUAUCUCCCCAUUGUGAUAGAUGUAAUAAUGGAGAAGCUUCACUGAUUCGUAUGUUUUGGACUUGUCCGAGUCUUGAACAAUAUUGGAAGGAAGUAUUCCAAAUUUUUUUGGUGCUUUUUAAAGUAAAUUUUAAACCUAAUCCUUUGACUGCCUUAUUUGGUAUUUUUGGAGGAAAUUAUAUUAUUUUGGAGACUCAUGAUAUGCACAUUUUGGCUUUUAUUUCUCUUAUAGCCAGGAGGGCAUUGUUGCUUAAGUGGAAGGAUGCCAUUCCGCCUACUCAUUGGUUACAUGAUGUUAUGUCUUGCUUAAAUUUAGAGAAGAUUCACUGUUCAAUUUCUGAACCUAGACAAGAUUUUUUAACAUUGUGGGAACCUAUUUUGAAUUAUUUUCAAAAUCUUUGACUUGCUAUUAAGUACAGAUGUUGGCUAAUAAUAUGCUUAACUAUAUGUUAAGGAUUUUUUCCUUUUCUUUUUUAUAAACCAAACAACUGAUUUUUUUUUUCUC